CGCAAUGCGAGCUGACUUUACACACACACACACAUAUCUGUAGUACACUACACUACCUUCAGUUCUGAUCAUCUGCAUUUCUUCAGGAUGACACAUCUUAUUUGCAACGCCUGCUUUAUCCUGCCUGUUGCUUUACAUCUGCUGUUAUUCCCCAGUCCAUGUUCUGCUGCAGCCACUAGGAAGUGCGGCUCCAUCUAUAAAGGGUUCGCCCAGUGUCUGCUGGCUUUAGGGGACAGUCUUUCUGUCACCGCCCAAAGAGACGAAGACACACAGGAGAUUGACUCUAUUUGCAAGUCCUGGGAUGACUUUCACGACUGCGCAAAUGUCGCCAUGGCCGGCUGCCCGGAUGAAGCUGCUGCAGUGUGGGAGUCUCUGAGACAGGAGUCCAAAAAGAUGCAGUUUUCUGGGAACCUGUAUGAGAUGUGCUCCAGUCGUAGCCAAUCAGCGGCGGCCUCUGAUUCCCAAAGCCCGGAUGAAACAAAUCAGGAAUCAUUAAAGGGUCGCGCUAGUCAUACAAGUCUGAGCCAUUAUACCCUUUUGACCUUUUGUUUUCCUAUACUACUGUUUCCAUGGAUAUAAAUACAUUUCUCUGCUUUCUUAAAAAGACUCACCUCAAAGCAAUCCAGGACAUUGACAAACAUAUUGACUGGUUAUGUUCUUGCAUCAUGAAUAAUAAUGUUUUUUUUGUUCAGUCAAACUUUUCAGAACAACAAAAAAAGUUAUUUUCACACGUGGGAAGGCAAAAUCUUACUCUUAAGUACAAUAAACAUUAGGUGGACCAUAAUGCUCCUCUCUAUUGAUGAUCCUCUAUAGACCUGAUGAGGUAAAAAUAAAGACCCACAAUAAUUUCAGACAAGUCCAUUGUAGUACAAUGGGUAUCAAAGCAAAGACCUCCCAAAAAAGUCAUUAUUUCGCUUCAUACUUUUUAUAGACCCCUAAAAGGAUUAGGUGAAAUGAUUACUACAAAUAAAAGUAAAUCUAAGCAACACAUCUCACCUAUAGGCUUUGCUUAAUAAACCCUCAUCAGACUUGAGGUGUUUAGUUUGAAUGCCUUUGGGUGACAGUUUCAUUGAUUUAGCUUAACAAACAGCACGGUAUUGUGCUCAAAGGUGUUUUUGUACUAAUCUGAAUCAGCAUAGAAAAGGCGUUCAUUUAAUGUUGGUCAGAGUGCAAUGUAUAUAUUGUAUAUACUUACAUACACAUACACUCCUCAUAGAUACUUUUUUAUUUUUUCAAAUAUUUGUAAUUACACAUCAAAAAACUAAUUUAUUAGCUUCAAACAAAUCACCAAACAAUGAUAAUAUAUUGUAAAUAUGACCGAAAUGCUGUAAAGAAUGGCUUAUUUCAUACUGUAGUUCUAAACCUGUCAUUUACUGUAGGCGUGCAACAACUGAAUGAGCAAAUCGAUGGGGGUUAACAGCAUAAACCGAUUAACAACUAAUGAUUACAAAUUGAACGACUGCUGCCAUAAAUAUGAGCGUCUAGUUUGUUUUGGGAGGACAUGUGGUGGUUUAAUGUAUAAAGUAAAUGCGCUGUUACAGAGGUUGUUACCCAGAUCAGCUUUCAUUAUCUACACGCACUACACUGACUCUGCUCGGCUCAGCGGAUUUUUAAGUCAAUGUGAUUUAUGUUUAAUUUUUAGAUUUAAUUGGCAAUCAAUCAUGUUUACCAAUGCAGUAAACUUAUUAAGGAGGGCAAAAGCCAUUUAUUUAGUCAAAGAACAGAAAACUUUAAUGAGGGGGAAUUGCACUACAGUGUCACAAAAUUUGUUUUUGUUUGGUAAUAGCGUUUCCUUGAGAAAUUGUUUUGAUAUUGUUUAUGACAUGUGUUUAACACAGCAUUGCGGCUUGAUCAAAAGCAGACUCUUAAUGCUCCGACCUGUGUUUCUUUGCUAAAAGUCCAAUUAAAAUUUUGUCAUGAUCAGUGAAUGUAGAAAAAAAAGUCUAUAUAGUGACAGUCUCAAUAAUAUAGAAAGGGCUAAUAUGUAUUAUGUCAAUCCUUGCUACUAAAUAGUGUUCAUCCAUAAAUACCUCCUUUAUUGAAACUUCUUUAAUAAUAUAUAAAUAAACACUGUUAUAAUUUUGCUUGACUGAUACAUGUUAAAUGAACUGCAUGUAUAAGACAUUUCCUGUCAAAAGUGUAUUUAUUUAAUUUAGCUAUCUUAUAUAUUGCCGAUUGCAUACUUUUACGCUGUUACCAGAAAAAAAUUCACAAAAAAUAAAUAAAAUCCACUUAAUUUUAAUGCAGAUGUUCUUUGCUUUAAAUGCUUUUUGUUUAGAAACAUUGGUCCUAUCAUACAACUGUCUAUAUACUAUUUGCUAAAUGGCAAUAUACCAUAUAUUACAAAUAAAAGGUGCUGGUAAAUACAGUAAAUAAAACACCCUUGCCUUGGUUUAUGCCCAUAAAACAUGUUGUUUUCUCUGCAAGCCUUGUAAUAUGUGAGAGCUCUCAAACAGAAUGUGUGUAAAUCACCGUUUGUUAUUUUUCUACCUCUUCUAGAUAUUAAUAUUUUAUUGUUCACAAAUGCCUCUGUAAACACAAACCCAUCUUUCUGUUAGUAAGACAGAUUACCUCCAAACACAAGUGAAUCUUACUGUGCACUCCUGCAGUGCUUGUCCAAUCGUUUUUAGGGCAUUGGUAACUCUUGCUUCAUGCUUUUGCAUUUAACCAAGUGAUAUUUCUGUAGAAGUCAUGCAUUCUGUACAAAAACC